CAGCAUCAGCAACCUUGCUUCAGGCAAUAACACUUUUUUAAAAGAUAAAGAUUUUUUUUAAGAAUGGCUGACCAAAUCUGCAAUGCCUCUGCCAGUGGAAACCUACCCAGAGUGUUGGUUUUGCUGCAAAACGGAGCAAAUGUUAAUGGAUUAAAUAAAUACAACAGGACUGCACUGCAGGUGGUGAAGUUGGGGGACGCCGCCGUGGUCGAGGCUCUUCUCCGGGCGGGGGCAGACCCCAACCUCCGCGACCCGGUCUGCGGUCUCACGGUGAUGCACGACGCCGCGCGCGAGGGAUUCAUCGAGUCUGUGCGCGCGCUGGUGGAUUACGGGGCAGAUCUAAACCUCGUGGAUGAGCAGGGCAACCUGCCGCUUCACCUGGCCGCCAGGGAGGGCCAUCUGGAGGCGACCCAGCUGCUGAUCGGACGCACCGCGGACCCGCGUGCCCCCAACUGCCUGGGACACACCGCCGGGCAGCUCGCGCACAUCCACAAGAGGGUGGAGAAUGCCAAAUACAUCGACGACUAUUUGAGCUCCCACUAAAAGGACGAAGAGGAUGAAGAUAAAACCUUCCCAUGAGUCCUAUGACACUGUCAGUGGAUUAAUUCAACUAAUAUUGAAGAUUGUGAGAAUGGAUGAGUCUCUGAUAUUCUGGCAGAUUGAUAGGUUUUGUUGUUUAAACAUUAUAUUUAACAAACUGGCAUUUAAAAAAAAAAAAAAAUCCAGGGCUUAAAAUGAUAAUGAAAAGGGAGCAAUG